AUGGUAAUGCUGAGGAGCGAGUGCGUGCAAUUAUAUAAAUUGCCUCCUAAACUAAAUGAUCCAAGAAGUUUUUCUAUCCCUUGUAAUAUUGGCAAUCUUAAUUUUGAAAAAGCUUUAGCAGAUUUAGGAGAUAGCAUUAAUCUUAUGUCUUAUGAAGCUUUUAAGAUGCUAGGGAUGGGAGAGCUAAAAACAACUAGGAUGUCUCUACAAUGGGCGGAUCGUUCAAUCAAAUAUUCGAAAGGGAUUGUAGAAGACGUACUUGUCAAAAUAGGAAAUUUUAUUUUUCCUGUCGAUUUUGUGAUUCUUGACAUUGAUGAAGGUAGGGAAGGAUCCUUAAUCCUUGGAAGACCCUUUCUCGCAACUGCAAGAGCGUUGAUUGAUGUGCACGAAGGAAAAUUUGCACGAAGGAAAAUUAACUUUGAGGGGGAUAAGUCCAAGUAUAUGUAUGCACAAGAUCCUGAUGGAGGAAGACUACAAACCUUCAAUUGA